UGUAGAUUUCAUUUAGUAUAUAGAUAUCAUUUUAUCAUUUAUGAUUUAUGAUGUAGAUAUAUCAUAUAUAUCAUUUAGAUUUAGAUGUCAUUCUAGAUAUCAUUUUAGAUAUCAUUUAUAUCAUUUAUAUCAUUUAUAUCAUUUAGUGAUCUGUAUCAAAUUUUGGCUGGAAUUAAGACAUACUAUCAUGGUACAAAUAAUUGGCCUGUUUUACAUGUUUUACACAUGUUAUGGAAGUUCGUUUAAUAACUUUUUUAACAAGUUAACAAGUAAAGUUAAUAAAAAAUUUUAAAAAUUAUCAAACGUAUUAAAAAUUAUCAAACGUAUUAAAAAUUUUUUUAAUCCGUUCAAUAAUUU